AAUUCAUGCACAGAGAAAAUGCAGGGUCCUGCUCAGUAUAGCUGGAGUGCUGACUGGAGCUUUUGGCUCUCAAGUUCCACUUACAAAUAUAGGAGUGAGGAAUUCAAGAGACAGUUUUCUCAUCUGCCAGACUCAGAGAGACUCAUAGUAGAUUACGCCUGUGCGCUCCAGAAGGAUAUCCUGCUGCAAGGACGCUUGUAUCUCUCUGAAAACUGGCUCUGCUUCCACAGCAACAUUUUCCGAUGGGAGACCACAAUUUCUAUUGCUUUGAAGGAUAUAACUUUCAUGACAAAGGAGAAGACUGCUCGUCUCAUUCCAAAUGCCAUACAAAUAGCAACAAAAGGAGAGAAGUUUUUCUUCACAUCAUUCAGUGCAAGAGACAGAAGCUACCUCAGUAUCUUCCGUUUGUGGCAGAAUGUGUUGCUUGAUAAGAGGCUGACCAAGCAGGAAUUCUGGCAGCUGGUGCACCAGAGCUAUGGCUCUGAGCUGGGCCUGAACAGCGAGGAGAUGGAGAGCUUCCACUCAUCGUCAGAGGACAACGGGCAGUCUCGAUCCAGCAUUUGUGAUGAUUCUGGAGAAAGGGAUGAAAAACUACCCAAAAUGAUUGGUUUAGUUCGUGAGCCCACACUUCAAACAGAAGGAGAGUCACUCAACAGACACAUGUUGCCAGGAGUGGAGGAGUCCUCAAGUGAGAAGCAAAUAAAGAGUCCUCUUCCAUCUUCAGAAAGAAAACCUGCUAAGCUAGUUAGGAGCAGGUCUUUAGAAAAGUCCUUAGACCUUAACGAGAAUGAAAAUCUUCCAGAGAAGAGCAGUGCUUCAGAUAGUGAAGAAGUGAAGGAGACUGUCUCUGACAAUGAUCUCUAUGGGAGACUUUUUAUAAACAGAGUUUUCCACAUCACUGCAGACAAGAUGUUUGAAAUCCUUUUCACCAAUUCUCACUUCAUGCAGAGGUUUCUUAAUUCCAGGAGUAUAGUAGAUGCUGUAUCAACCCCUUGGAAUAGAGACUCCAACGGCAAUCAGUUGAGGACUUUGACAUACACUGUAACGAUUAACAAUCCCCUCUGUGGGAAGUUCACAACUGCAACAGAAAAGCAGAUCCUGCAUAAGCAGAGCCAGAAAGGUCAGUCUUACCAGGUAGAUGCUGAGGUCCUGACCCACGACGUCCCCUACCAUGAUUAUUUCUACACUGUGAACAGAUACUGCAUCAGCCGCACGUCCAGUCACAAGUGCCGGUUACGGGUUUCUGCAGAAGUGAAGUACAAAAAACAGCCUUGGGGCCUUGUCAAGUCUGUAAUUGAGAAGAAUACCUGGGGAGGAAUACAGGAAAACUUCAAACAACUUGAAUCAGAUCUCCUAAUGGAGGAAUAUGCAAUUAAUCAGUCCAUAGAAGACUCUGGGAAAUUACUUGCUCUGAGACGAAGGCGACGCACUUUACACCGGGGUUUGGCAGAAUCACUUCCCAAACGCUCUUCCCAGCAUUCCUCUGGUGACAUGGGAGUAGAGUCCCAGGGCAGCUUAAUAGGAAGGAAAAGAGAUGCAGUAAGUAGGACCACCACCAUCAUUGUAGUAAUGAGUGUCUUUUUGCUGCUCUUGGUCUUGCUGAAUAUAACACUGUUCCUCAAACUCUCAAAGAUAGAGCAUGCAGCUCAGUCCCUUUAUCAUGUCCAGCUUCAGGAGGAAAGCUCUUUGAACAUAUCCCCAGAAAUUGUAUCAAAAGAGGAGAUACCUCAAUAUGAUAAGGAACAGGUUAAACAUGUGAAGGGAGUUUUAAGAGACUCAAUUGAAAUUCUUGAGCAGCUGAAGACUUCCCUUUCCAUGCUCCAAAGAAGCUUUGACCACUUGAACAGGACACAGAGCAGCAAGACUGAGAGUUAAUAGCCACAUCAGCUUUUCAUUCAAGAUGCUGGAAGAACAGAUGUGUGUGUGAGGACUUGUGGGGUAGGGACUGUAACUGUCUCCUCUGGACUCUUUACUGUUGCACAGAAUAAAAGGUUUGUGGAAGAAGUAA